CUUCUUCUUCUUCACCGUGUUCUUCUCUCCAUGGCGGUUUCUCAGCGUCUCUUCAGGCCGGCGAAGACGACGGUGAAGAAUACUUUUUCUUCUUUCUUAAUUAGGUCUAUUUCUUCUUCUUCCUCUUCUUCGUCUGGGACCUCGCUAGACCCCAAAAUCGAUCUGGAGGAGGCUGCGGCUCAGCUCGAGAAGUCUUCGUCUACGUCUCCGUCUCCGUCUCCAUACAAAGGCAGAAAUUUCCACUGGGUGUUUCUUGGAUGUCCAGGUGUUGGUAAAGGAACCUAUGCUUCUCGUCUCUCUUCUCUCCUCGGCGUUCCUCAUAUUGCCACUGGUGAUCUCGUUCGUGAAGAGCUCUCCUCCUCUGGCCUCCUCUCCUCUCAGCUGAAGGAGCUUGUUAACCAUGGGAAAUUGGUUCCUGAUGAAUUCAUAAUAAGUUUAUUAUCAAAGCGUCUCCAAGCUGGCAAAGAGAAGGGUGAAUCUGGAUACAUUCUUGAUGGUUUUCCACGAACCGUGACACAAGCUGAAAUACUGGAGGGAGUAACUAAUAUCGAUCUGGUGAUCAAUUUGAAGCUUCGAGAAGAGGCGUUACUUGCGAAAUGUUUAGGAAGAAGAAUUUGCAGCGAGUGUGGUGCAAACUAUAACGUUGCCUGCAUUGAUAUCAAAGGUGAUGAUGAUAGUCCCAGAAUGUAUAUGCCUCCGCUUCUUCCUCCGCCAGACUGUGAAUCGAAGCUUAUAAGCCGAGCUGAUGACACCGAAGAAGUUGUCAAGGAAAGACUCCGGAUUUACAACAAAAUGACUCAACCAGUGGAGGAAUUCUACAAGAAGCGCGGGAAGCUAUUGGAAUUUGAAUUACCCGGUGGAAUUCCAGAGUCAUGGCCAAGGCUCCUUAGAGCAUUACACCUUGAAAACGAUAAACAGUCUGCAAUAGCAUAAUCUCUCUCUGCAUUGUAUGAUUGAAUCAAACAACUUGUACUACAUUCUUUGCUCGAGUAAUCCUCCUCGUGCAUAUAUGCUUAAGAUAGUCAAUAAAAGAGAUACAUGUCC